AUGUCUGUCGAGCUCGACCCCGUAGAGCUUGGUUUCAAGCGUCCCUUCCAGCAGGAGGUGUCGCAGACCCUCCGUCUCAAGAACCCUCACUCGGACCCGGUUGCAUUCAAGGUCAAGACCACCGCCCCCAAACAAUACUGCGUGCGACCCAACAGCGGACGCAUUGAGCCUGGGCGAGAUGUCGAAGUUCAGAUUCUCUUGCAGGCGAUGAAGGAAGACCCAGCACCAGAUGCCAAGUGCCGCGACAAGUUCCUCGUCCAGUCUGUCCUCGUUACUGCCGACAAGGAGUUCACGAAUGUAGGAUCUUUGUGGGCACACAUCGAACAGACUGCAAAGUCGUCCAUUCAGGAGAAGAAGAUUAGAGUUCUCUUCCUCGCCGCCGAUGCCGACGCCUCCUCGACGCCUGCAAGGACCAACGGUGUCAGCCGCGACUCGAUGCUCUCGUCCCCUCAAUCAGAAGCCGCUGUCACCCCCGUGCGUGGCGCUACGGAGCACGCUCAGGGGCCUGUCUCUCGUGUAGAGGACCGCCCAGCAGGCAGCAAGAACCUCGGACAAAUCGAGCAGGAGACGUACAAUCCCGCUUCCUCCGGCUACAGCACUGCCACUGGCACGGGCGCUAGCAUUCAGCAGACCGUUGCUGCCGCUGCAGCGAGCGUGACAAACGCCAUCCCAACAUCCCAGGCCGAACUCCAGGCUCAGCUCGAUGCGGCCAAGGCACAGAUCGCACGAUUGACACAACAGGCCGACGCCGGUCUCCGCCAGCGAAAGCCAGAGUCGGCACGCGACGCAAAGGAUCAGCUCGCGACAGCCACGCAACAACAGACAGCCCCUGCAGGCGGCGUCUCCGUCCAGAUCACAGCACUCUUGUGUCUCGUGAGCUUCCUCAUCGCCUACUUUUUGUUCUAA